AUUAGGUAUGCCUAACUUAGUCAACACUGUGAAGCUGGAGGGAUGUUUAGGUGCCCCAGGGUGAAAAUGCCCUCAUCAACCAAUCCCCUUGGCUGGUGGCGUCGUCUUGGUGGGCGUUUGUGUACGGGAUAGGGACCUUGGAAAGGGUGUCUGUGAAUUCGUCCGACGCCGUCGUUCGCUCGGCGGUACGGGAUCUCGCCGAAGGUCUAAUGAUGGCGUUUGAGCGCGAUAGAAGCCCUGUGCCUAAGGAGAACUGGCUGCGGUCGUGUCUGCCCCUGGCAUCCUUGGGAAAGUCUCGAGCAUAAAAGGACGGGGUAGUCGUGAUUCUCCUCGAGGUCAAAUAGACCAUCAACUUGACCGUAGACGCUUUUCUUACCCUCAUAUCAGCAAUGACUGGCUCACUCUGGGUUACUGCCAUCGAGUAUGGCUUCAUCAGCUUCGUCACCGUGCUGGCCGUCAAGUACUUUACUUCCCGGCGUGCGCUUCUCCAGCACGACGUCGCCAUGAAGUCGGCGCGUGAGCAGCGAGAUAUCGCCUCCUUCAAGGAAUGCGGCGCCACAGACCUGUCAAGCCGGCUGGCAGCGCGGGCGGCGCCCAACGCGAGGCUCGUCGACACGUUCGGCAUCGUCAACUCGUUCACCACCAGUAUGCCCGACGUCCACAGCAAGUUCCUGAGAGAAGCCAGGGGUUUCAUCAAUAGGAUGAACAACGAUGCCGGCUGGACCUCGUUCUCGCACACCGCGGACGGGGCCUUGGGCCGCGCCCUCGCCCGCUUCGGCGGCGACGCUGCCCCCGGAGCUGAUGUGCCUCUAGCGCGGAUUGCCCGCGUAUUCGUCUUCAUCACCAUCCUAGCUGCUCUCUUUGGCGUCAACCCGGACGCAGUCGACGUCGACGAUGCAGACGCGGCGACGCUGGCAAUCAACCGCCUCUGGGUGGCGUCUAAGAACUGGACACCUAACGGCGAAAACGGCAGUGCCUCGACGACCACGGCGCUGGCAGACGGUCUACAGCGGGACAAAGAAACGCUGGAGGAAGCUCUGCGACGCCUGCUGCCUAACCGCGUGUCGAGCGUGCCUGAGGACCACCCUUUGAACUUGAUCAUGCCAGCGUACGAGACAAUGUGGCGUGUCGCCCUGCUAGCCUUCGUCUCGGCCGGGUUCCGGGCUGGACGCGAGACGCGGCGGAUGUUCCACGAGGUGAUGGACAGUGUGCCUGAGUGCUUCAAGGAAGAAGGCGAGAAACAGGCUACGGCGCUGGCGUUUGCAAAGGAAGCACUACGUCUCUACCCGCCCACGAAGCGGAUCUACCGCGCGGCGCGAGCGUCCCCCUUGUCCUCCCAGCUCACGGGCCCGGCCUCCACCCCGCUCGUCACCGUCGCGGCCGACGUCGAGAAGAUCCAGCGCGACGUCCGGAUCUGGGGCGCGGACGCGGCGCGGUUCGUCCCGGCGCGGUUUCUCGGCGGCGGCUCCGACAGCAGCACGCGCGCGCGCCGCGCCGCGCCCCUGGCCGCUAGCGAGGCCUACAUGCCGUUCGGCGUCGCGCCGCACGAGUGCCCGGCGGCGCGCUCGCUCUUCGGCUACCGGGCGCUGGUCGUGCUCGCGGCGGCGCUGGGGCGGCGGCUCGGGACGGCGGGGACCGGGGCUAGCGUGGAGCUGCCGGCAGGGGGUUGCGAGGCGAACAGGGAGAGGGAGAAGGAGGAGGGGAAGCGGGUCGAGGAGCUGGACGACGAGGCGCUGGGCCCGCUGAGGUCUGGCAGAGAGGACAUGGAGGGGUGGGUGCUGACGAUGGCGGGCUAGGCCCAAGGAACGCGGCGAAGGGGUGCAGCACUAUAUGCUGCUAUCGUUGUGGUUGAUCGAGCGGAUGGUGUGGGUGGUGAUGGUGCGGCUACUUCUCACGGGCUCUCCCGGGCCCGAGGACGCGGGAGAGCCCGUGAGGAGUCCACGGCUAGUUCGAGGGAUUGUUGUUUAUGAGCAUUGAUUGCCUUUUUUUUAAAGGAGGAAAGGGAAAAGGGAAAGGAAAAGGAAAAGGAGGAGAGAUGACAACGGCGUUGGUAAAAUGGGUUACCUAGGUAAUGGAAAUGUAACGUAGCUUGGGUUAGGUACCUAGGUACCUAAUGCGGGUUACGUCGUUACGAGCAAAGGGCGGGAAAAGGAAUGACGGGGCGAUGACGGGGUGUUACAGGUUACCGACUACAGCUCGCGCGGCGUUACCUACUAUUCACUUUACCUGUACCUACUCAUACACAUGAGGCAGGAGAUUUUAUUCGUAUUAGCAAUAGAAAAGGCUUCAUUAGCGG